GCAGCAGGGCGACAUGGCACCCGACAGGCCGGACGCAGCGGUCGUGGACGACGGGCGUGACCUCGUCGUCGGGGGAGGUCCUUGCACGGUAGCGCGGGUUUUUGGCUUCUGCGAGGCCUUCGCCGUGAAGGAGGCCGAAGCUCCCCAGCCUCGGUUUGUCGAGGAGACGAUGGCCCUGAGCAGCAACGAGGUCGUCAUCGGGCUGCAGCAGCAGCAACUGGAGGAGUCGGCGGUGGCGCCGAUGGUCAGGCUCGCCGAGGAGAAGGCCAAUAAUGGGGGUGGUGGUACGAGCGUCGUCAUCGGCCAGUCUGACGACGAGCUGACAUCUCUGAGUUGGCUGCACCAGCAGAACCUUCUGAAGGGCCUCGAGAUAAGCGACCGGCCGGCGAUGGCGGCGAAAAUUUCGAAAGGCGAGGUGGUCGUCAAGGUGGAGGACAGCUUCGACACGUCCGAGAACACGAACUCGGUGUCGAGUCUCGACGACAGCUUUUCGCACGAGAGCAACGGUAGAAACAGUAGCGUGGACUCGACGACUAUUCUCAACUACGACGAGGUUGUGAUAAACGGUGUGUCCUCGCCAACGUCCCCAAUGUCUUCGUCGUCGUCGUCGUCGUCGUCAACGUCGUCGCCGCAGCUGCAGCUGUUGCAGAAGAGCAACGACGCUAGUUGCCACAACGGAGUGAUACAGGCCAGUCCGAGUCACCAGGCAAAGUUUGCCAAUGGCAGUAGUAAUAACAACAACAAUAACAACAGCAACAGCGCCAAUUACAACCUGCCGGUGCACCAAAGCCGGAGCAAGCACCCGAGUCAUUUUUCGUACGAUCCGCAGCUCCACAAGAACUGCAAGCCACCAUACUCCUUCUCCAGUCUGAUAUUCAUGGCGAUCGAGGACAGCCCGGUCAAGGCCCUCCCCGUCAAGGAGAUCUACGCCUGGAUACUCGCUCACUUCCCGUACUUCAGGAACGCCCCUACUGGCUGGAAAAACUCCGUCAGGCAUAAUCUUAGCUUGAACAAAUGUUUUCGCAAGGUCGAAAAAUCACCACAUCUGGGCAAAGGUUCGCUAUGGAUGGUGGACGCACAGUAUCGACCGAACCUGUUGCAGGCGCUAUCGCGCACCCCCUGUCCACCGCCUUCGGUGAUGAACAUGAAUUUACCGGAUAAGGUAGUACGCAACAACGUAAGCAAUCGAUUGCCCGAUCCAGUGCUAUUUCCUUAUUUGUCAAAGAGGCUUGCUUCAAGUAGCGUGUGUGAAAGUAACUCUGAAAUUACGGAAUUUGACAGUGACGUUGACGCUGCAGCUGCCACGAUGCUUUCUUUCAAGCACGGACCUAUAAUAAUCAAUCACAACAAAAAUUCUCCUCCCCCUCCAGAGAAAAAGACCCCAGUUAUUACGAGGAAUUCUAAUGAGGAUCAUACCUAUAGUUUAAUCACUUCAGUACGACUCGAAAGAAGAGAAGUGACUAACGACAUCGACGAACAGCGUCAACUUGGUGCGGAUGCGCUGCUAAAUCUCGCGGGUGUAACGACAACACCACUCCGAGAUCCGCUGGCUCUGGACGAAACCGAGGUGAAACAGCGUGUCGAGGAAGUUGAAGGUAUCCAUCCUGAUUACAUGCACUUGUACGGCACCAACAAAAACGCACCUUGCUACCUGCCGGGCAGUGAUCCCCUAGAAAUUCGGCCUCCCAAACGACGCUCGUCUGGCUCAAGCGGGGAUGGGUCAACCAAGAGGCGCAAACGCUUCUGGAAGAACACGUGGACCGAAAAUGGCAGGUAUUCCAAACAAAUUAAGGGCUAGGGGUUACGAAGCAAAAAUGAAAGUGUGGUGCAUAAGAAUAUCCAAAAAGUCCUGGUUAGGAAGUUUCGUUGGAAAUUAAGAGGCAAUCGUCUUUUUUUAGAUUUAAAAAAAAAAAAAAAUCGUCAAUAGGUAAAAAAUAAUAGUUAUACUUUGCAAGU